CCAUUACAAUAAUCAAGUGUCGAUAACCUCCGCAAAACCUUAAAAAAAGGUCACGUGCAUCUCAAGAUUGCGAACGCAUAUAAAAGAAAUUUCCCGCACAUUUCACAGACAUAAAUAUAUCUGUAGCCCUUCUACCAAUUUCAACAGAAAUGAAAAUGUUCACGUAUCCCAUCAUCAUUGUCUCAUUUCUGAGUAUAAGUCAAGCUGCCCAUAUUUCAACUCCAGUCCCACUUUGCGAAGGAGCAACUCUCGUAUACGAAUACAAGGGUCCAAUUCCAGAGGAUAAACUGAGAACUGGAGAUCAUGUACACAUAAUUUCCAGCGAGAUCGAUGUAGGAAAACCUUCGACCACCUUUCCAAACCUCCUUCACGUAGCCAUAGAAAAAAGCAGCUUCAAAGGGGACUUCCAAAAAUUCAUGACCACCUUACCAUCCGUCACCAGAUUAGUUCUAGAGAACAACCAGGUGGAGAAUUUCAAAAUAGACAACCUUAACGUACUUCCCAACCUGGAAAUCCUGGGCAUCAAAGGUCAAAGUAUAGGAAAUUUAAACGCUGGCAUUUUCUCCAAAUUCGUUCAUCUUAAAGAACUCCAUCUGGUAUCAGCAAACAUUGGAGCAAUAGACGAUAUGGCUUUCAAUCACGCUGAAAAAUUGGAGGUUUUGGAUUUGAGCAAGAACAAACUGACGUCCCUUUCCGAAAAAACUUUGGGCCCACUGAAGAAUCUCAAGCAUCUGAUGCUGAAUCAUAACCAGCUGAAAGAACUGGCAGCCGAACAUUUGCCUGAACUUCCAGAACUGGAAAGAAUCGAUGUGGAAGGUAACGGGAUAACCGAGGUUGAUGUGGACAAUCUGAAGAAGAAAUGCCCGAAAUUGAGAGUAGUUAGAAUUUAGGAGAAUGCUUACAUUAAGGCCCAAGGGAGAGCAGGACCGUAUUAGCUUUCAUACAAUACGAAACAUGUGUAGUACUAUUUUUUUAAGAAUUUUCAUGUCUCUUAUUCGAUCUCCUGAAAAAGUUCUUCUGUUUGUUACUCGUGAUAAUCCUAGAUUUAUACCUCGAAGCUCUCUAGAUAUAUAGUGUGUCCUAUUGAAGUAGAACAAACAGUGGUAUCAUUGGAUAUAUAGAAUUGUUAUGUAUUUUUUUAUUAUAUUACUACUCUCCUUA